CCGUGCUGGUGGUUGCAAGGCUGUGCAGAUCCGGGGCGGGUGCACAAGGCAGUGAGGGGCAGAGUAGGGCACAGGACGUUGCACUGGGCAUUGCACUGGGCGUUGCACUGGAGGUGCAGGGCUCUGGGUUUUGCAAGGGGCGUGCAGUACUCUGGGCGGUGCACAGGGGCGGUGCGGGGCGCAGGGCAGCUGACAGCGUCAUCACCCGGGAGCAGCGCGCGCUCCGCCUCAGCAGCCACCGCAUCGCGCCGCGCUCAGCGGGUCCCGGAGCUGCGCCUGGAGACUAGCCGCGCUGAGCGGGCUCUCCCCAGGUACUUCCUGGCCAGUAGCUGGAGUUCUGAAGCAACAUGCCAGAACAGAGCAAUGACUACCGGGUGGCCGUGUUUGGGGCAGGUGGUGUUGGCAAGAGCUCCCUCGUUUUGAGGUUUGUCAAAGGGACCUUCCGGGAGAGCUAUAUUCCAACUGUGGAAGACACCUACCGGCAGGUGAUCAGCUGUGACAAGAGCAUAUGCACCCUGCAGAUCACCGACACCACCGGGAGCCACCAGUUCCCUGCCAUGCAGCGGCUGUCCAUCUCCAAAGGCCAUGCCUUCAUCCUGGUCUACUCCAUCACCAGCCGGCAGUCCCUGGAGGAACUCAAGCCCAUCUACGAGCAGAUCUGUGAGAUCAAGGGGGACGUGGAGAGCAUCCCCAUCAUGCUGGUAGGGAACAAGUGUGACGAGAGCCCCAACCGUGAGGUGCAGAGCAGCGAGGCGGAGGCCCUGGCGCGCACGUGGAAGUGUGCUUUCAUGGAGACAUCGGCCAAGCUCAACCACAACGUCAAGGAACUCUUUCAGGAACUGCUCAACCUGGAGAAGCGCAGGACCGUGAGCCUCCAGAUCGACGGCAAGAAGAGCAAGCAGCAGAAACGGAAGGAGAAGCUCAAGGGCAAGUGCGUGGUCAUGUGAGAGGCUUCCACGUAGAAGGAGCUGCUGCCCUUAGGGCAUCUCUUCCUCCCCCCCCCCUCCCUGUGAACCCCACUGUCGUCAGGGCAGCAUGUCUGAUGCCCAUGUGUUAAACAUUGCAUUUGGCUGUGACAUACCCUGCAAUGCCCUCAAGAGGCAUUCCAUAUCCCCCAGCAGCCCACCCCUCAGGAGUUGUCGAAUCUGCGAUGCUCUCCGCAUCCCUGGAAACCGAGGCCAGUCCUGAGUGGGCUUUAGCCAUUUGAAGGCGAGGGGACUCAGAGCUGUGGACGUAGGAGAAACUGAGAGUACUCUGUAAUGCAUGUGUGUGUGUGUCUGUGUGUGACAGCAGGUUAACCCUUAGCUACUGGAACCAUCCCACACCAGGAAACUUAGUUCAGAAGCCACUAACAUCUUUGGGGAAGCAGCAGGCAGUCAAAGGAGGCGAGAAACCUGUGGAUCCAACAUGGACCUAUGGACCCUAGCGGUUCCUGUUAAUGCAUUUUUAGUGGGAUUAAAGACAAAAUACCAUAGCCCCCUCCAAAUGAUGCUCAUGUUGUUCCUGCUGACACACAAUGCGGGGAUGCCCUCACUUCCUCAAAGUCUUCUUACAAGUACCGUGUCAGUCUGUCAAUUGUACACACUUCACAUGUAAGGCAAGGGUACCUACGGCAUGAUGCUGUGCCAGCACUUCCUCCAUUUUUGGGGCAGGACAUUGUGACAUCAUGCAAAGAUCGCAAUAAUGCCCGUGUGUGUGUGUGUGUGUGUGUGUGUGUGUGUGUGUGUGAUACUUAGAGGGUCUUAGAAACAUGAACUUUCUUUCUUUUGACCUUCGAGGGUGGCCACUUCUCUCAGCCUCAGAUUUUUAAAUAAAAGCAAAUAAAGUAGGCAUUUUUUUUUAGACUCCUACCUUCCCCUCCCCUAAGAUGGCUUUCUUGUCUUAAAUAACUCCAUGUGUACCCAGCUGGGAAACAGCCAGCCAAGAGCAUCUAAUAACCAAAAGCACACCCAUUUUUCUAAACCACAUGAGCCUGCAGAUGCCAUGCGCUGCACCUCAAUGAAAUACUCAGAAACAGACGUCAUUCACUGUGUUUUUAACAAUUUAUCUAUAUUGGAAGUAGAUUGCUAGAAGAUGCAUUUAAUUAAUAGUAAUUUCCCCCCUGUUCCUUGUUAAAUGUCCUUAAGUUCCUCAGUGUGGUGUGCACCCCAGAACCGGUUCUUUCCUAAUGUCUGUGUGUGUAGCCUGGAUUUCUCAGAACAAACCAGCCAUGGCUUGAGGCAGCAGAGGCCAUGCCAGCUACAGAUAGAUUGCUCUCUCUUUUCUGGGCACAAUGCCCUCAGCUUAGUCCAAUUUACCUGCCAUCCUGGAGUCUGUCUGGGUUUUGGUUCUUGAAAAUUCUUACUCCCACAGCCAAUGAGAAGGAGCUCCUGUCUCACCUGGUUGGGACAAACCCAUGCUGGCCUCAGGUGCUGGCUUGGCCACUCUCUUAGCCAUCUUACCAUUGCCCAGUCAGCAGGUCAAGGGGACUGCAGCACGGGGAAGCCUAUAUAGUGGCCCUAUGGCCUCUGUGCAGACCUCCCGAGGCUGGCGAGUUGUGGUAGGCCUCUUGUUCCACCUAUGCCUCCAAAGCACACUGUAUUCAAACUCCUUUGUUUCCUUCAGGCCUCUAGAAUUCAGUCUCCUUGUCUGGCCUGGCCCACUCUGCUCUGUCAAUCAUAGCCCACCCUGGCGACAUGCUGAGGGUUGGGAAGGUCCCUUAGGAUACUGUAUGGCUCAGUGAUCUUACCAUUUCUGUGGACUUCUAGAACAAAAUCCUUGGGGACCUGGGUGAGCAGCCACCCUGAAAAAUGAGGAAAGCCCAGGAGUCAACCAUGAGCUCAGACUCAUUCCGGGCCCCCUCUGAGGCUCUUCUGUUGGCUCUUUCUGUUCCCUAAAACCAUUCCCUAUCACAGGAAGAUGGAGCUGCAGAGU